AUGGCUAGCCUCCAGCAAGGCGAGAAACAGCUGUUUGAAAAGUUCUGGAAGGGCACCUUUAAAGCGGUCGCCACGCCGAGACCAGAGAGCAUUAUCGUUGCCAGCAUCACAGCGCGGAGAACCGUGAACAAAUUGGAGACAUCGCUUUGUCUGGCGCCCAAAGACAAGGAGAGCAAACUCGAGACAGAGGACACAGUCGCAAACAAUCCCACCAACAGAAAAGGGCACGUCAAGGAGAGGAGGCGCAAGCGUCACGGACGUCACCGUUCCCGCAGCACGUGUCUCAACGCUGAUCACUCGCCCCGGCCUGCGUCGAAAGGCAAGAAAAAGAAGAAAAAAUCCGACAGAAAACGAAGGAGAGAAAGGUCAAGGCAUCGCUCUCGACGAAGGCAGCGCUACCGGAGGUCAGAGGUCGAAGUUUCGGUUUGGCGCUCCUCCAGCACGGAGAGCAGAUCUGAGGAACAUUCUGGACACCCUGCCAGACUUGGAGAGGACGUCCACCUGUCAGUUAACCAAAGAGGGUUUGAAUGGGGGUCAGACGUGCCCAAGUUAGCCAAUAAAAUUCCCCCCAACUGCAGUGCCAACCCGCCCAGAAACUCAAUUGGGCCUUCACAGCCUGGGCAUGGGAUUUUAAGUAAACAAACAGCUGUCCUGGCCAAUCAGAACAAAGGGCAGCCUGAUUAUGACUCAGGAAAUGAUACGUCCUCUCCGCCUUCGUCGAAAACCGACGGCUCGAGGUUAAAUGUCAACGGGGACAAUAAAUCCACGUCUUUGGAGAAGCUGAGGUUUAUGGAUGGGGAUAGCACUUCAGAUUCUGGGAAUUCUGUGACCAGUUAUGUGUCCCUGUCAAAACCGGAAACCUCAGAGAGUGACUUGUCCGCAUCCAUUUUCCGCAAGAACAGUGACCGAACACCCGUUCGUGGCGCCACAGUGGUUGGUAAUUCAAGACUUGGCGUGACCGCUACGGACCGGAGUCUCUCCCCGCCGCCGUAUUCCAGACACCGGAGACGGUCCUCCUCCAGCCGUUGCAGGAGCUUCUCCUCCCGGAGCUCCAGAUCCUCCUACCACCACUCCCGGAGUUCAUCGUUCUCCUCUGGAAAGAGAGCUCGAGAACGAAAAAGAGGCUCCAGCUCCGGCAUGAAGGGCUCCAAGCGCAGCAGGAAGCAGAGCAGAAGAAGGCCCUACUCCCCCAUAAGGAAGAGGAGGAGGGAUUCCCCUAGUCACUUGGAGGCUCGAAGAAUCACUAGUGCCAGAAAAAGGCCCAUCCCCUAUUACCGCCCCAGUCCUUCCUCAAGCAGUCGCUCCAGUAGCCUGUCCUCCUGGUACAGCCUGUUCUCCCGAAGUCGUAGCCGCAGCCGCAGCCGCAGCUGCAGUCGCAGUCGCUGUCGGAGUUACUCCUCCUACAGGACCUACAGUCGCAGCUCGUCCUGGAACUCCAUCUUCGGGAGUCACAGCCAAAGCCGUAGCCGCAGCCGAAGCCGGAGUUAUGACUCGCUGACUAGCUAUAGCAGGGGGCGGCGCUAA